AGCUACGUUGCAAUUGUGUGUCUGUCUGCGCUGCUGGCGGGUCGUGUGCUAGCGGCAUCUGUGGCCACGCCGGGCUGCGGUGGCAGUACCUCGUCCAAGGACAUUAAGCUGGUGAAUCCAUCGAAUCCGCCACGCGAAUGCGAAUAUCACAUCAAUGCGUACAGCAAAUACGUUUGCCAACUGCGCAUUGAUUUCGCCAUGCUGCUCGCUCAGCCAACGCUGCAGCAGCAGCCGCAGACGGGCCUUAGGACCGCCGAGUGCACUCAGGACUACUUCGAGGUGAACGGACUGCGUCUGUGUGGCACGGAGGUCUGGCAGCAUAUCUAUGUGCCCUUCAACGCCUCGGCAGGUGUUAACCGUGUCGAUCUGCUCAUUUCGCUGGCGAAUCGUGCUGGCGGCGUAUCCUUGCCCACUCCCGAAUGGAAUAUGGUGGUCACACAGCUCGAAUGUCCAGCUGGCGCUUCAGUGCGUGAGCUAGCCCCGCUGGAUGUGCAGCAGCCAGAGAUGCGCAGCAGUUCCUUUAAGGAUGGCUUUCUAGUGGCGCCACCCGGCUGCUUGCAGUACUUCCCCGAGGCGAAGGGCGUGGUCAAGUCCUUCAACUACAACGAUGGCAAUGGCGUCUAUCCAUCGCACAUGAACUAUGCCAUCUGCUUCAGACGGACUAAAGAUACCUCCUCACUCAACAUUCGCUCGUACUACUUCCACGUGGGCGCUGAGACCUCCGCCAACUCCUUGAUGACGGACAGCUCCUGUUAUCGCAGCGGCAGCUCGAGCGUUGCGAACGCGGACUUUUUGAUGGUGCCACAGGCUACGCUGGUGGAUAGAAACGAACGCGCCACCUACUUCUGUGGCGCCACACAAGGCGACGUGGUCAUCAACAGCAACAACCCGGGUCCUUUGCUGGUGCUUUUCAACAGCGACGAAAUCUACGACUCGAAUGAUGCAGGUUUCGCCUUUACCUACACCGUGGCCUAAAAAGCUUUUCAUGAUGCGAGCAUUCGCUAAAUAAA